AUGGCGGCGGUCAGGGCGGUGCUGCUGGCGCUGAACCUGGGCUGCGCGGCUGCCGCCGUCCCGCUGGUGAUCUGGCACGGCAUGGGGGACAGCUGCUGCAAUCCCGUGAGCAUGGGCUACAUCAAGAAAUUAGUGGAGAGUAAGAUCCCGGGGAUUUAUGUCCUGUCUCUGAAGAUCGGGAACAACCUGAUCCAGGAUAUGGAGAACAGCUUCUUUAUGAAUGCAAAUGAUCAAGUGAGAGAGGUGUGCAGCCAGCUUGCAAAGGAUCCUCACCUGAAAGGAGGCUACCAUGCAAUGGGCUUCUCCCAGGGAGGCCAGUUCCUGCGGGCGGUGGCCCAGAGGUGUCCUUCUCCUCCCAUGCUCAACUUGAUCUCUAUUGGGGGGCAGCACCAAGGUGUCUAUGGCUUCCCACGCUGCCCCGGGGAGAGCUCCCACCUCUGCGACUGGAUCCGCAGGACGCUGGACCUGGGAGCCUACACUCAGGCUGUGCAGCAGCACUUGGUGCAAGCAGAGUAUUGGCAUGACCCCCUGAGAGAGGAGGAGUACAGGAAAAGCAGCAUCUUCCUGGCUGACAUAAACCAGGAGAGGGGCAUCAAUGAGACCUACAAGAAGAACCUGAUGGCCCUGAAGAAGUUUGUGAUGGUGAAGUUCCUCAAUGACACCAUGGUCGACCCUCCCAUCUCAGAGUGGUUUGGGUUUUACAAGCCAGGCCAAGCCAAGGAGACCAUCCCUCUGCAGGAGACCUCCCUGUACACAGAGGAUCGUUUGGGGCUGCAGCAGAUGGACAAAGCUGGCAAGCUGCUGUUCCUGGGGGUGGAAGGGGACCACCUGCACUUCACAGAAGAGUGGUUUGACACCACCCUGCUCCCCUUCCUCCAGUGAAGCUGAGGGGAGGUACCUGUGAGAGCACUGGCAAGGGGCUGGCACUGGAGUUGCUGCAGCUGCU